AUGUGUGUAGAGUUUUUUUGGUUGCUCCGCCUAGUGAUGGCCAAAACCAAAACACUUGUGCUUCCUCUCUGUGUUUUGACCAUUCUGGUCACAAACAUUGCAAAGUCUCAAGAGUUUGUCUUCAACGGGUUUGGUGGUGCUUCUGCCACCAACAUAGCCUUAAACGGAGGUGCAGUGAUUGAGCACAGGGGCUUGCUUCGUUUAACAAACGAUACUCAGAGAGUAAUCGGGCAUGCGUUUUAUCCAACACCAAUUCAGUUCAAGCACAAUAACAAAAGUUCUCCCACCGACGCAAAACUUUUCUCCUUUUCCACUGCUUUUGCGUUUGCAAUCCUCCCACAGCACCCAAAACUCGGUGGCCACGGUUUUGCCUUCACCAUUUCGCGCUCCACGUCGCUCGCGGACGCGUACCCGAGUCAGUACUUGGGCCUCCUGAACCCAAACGAUGUGGGGAAUUUCUCAAACCACCUUUUCGCAGUGGAAUUCGACACCGUCCAAGACUUCGAAUUCGAGGACAUCAAUGACAAUCAUGUCGGUGUCAAUCUCAACAACAUGGUCUCCAACAAAUCUGUUGAAGCUGCGUUUUUCCCUGAGGACUCAUCAAAUAAGCAAAACCUGAAUUUGAAGAGUGGUAAAGUCACACAAGCAUGGGUUGAUUAUGAUUCAUCAAAGAACCAAUUGGAAGUUCGACUCUCCCCAACUUCCUCCAAACCCACUUACCCAAUUUUAUCAUACAAAGUAGAUCUCUCACCAAUUCUCCAAGAUUCCAUGUACGUGGGGUUCUCUUCUUCAACAGGGUUACUCGCAAGCACACACUAUAUAUUCGGUUGGAGCUUCAAAAUAAACGGAGAGGCCGAAACCCUUUCCUUACACAAUCUCCCAUCUCUCUCUGCCUCUAAUCAAACUCAAAAGCACUUAAUCUUAGGACUCUCACUUUCAUUGAUUCUAACACUCGCCACAGUUUCUCUGGCGUGUUACCUCUUCAGAAGGAUGAAGAACACCGAAGUAAUCGAAGUUUGGGAGAUGGACGUUGUUGGGCCCCACAGAUUCCCAUACAAAGAGCUACACAAAGCCACGAAAGGCUUCAAGGACAAGAACCUGCUCGGGUUCGGAGGGUUCGGUCGCGUCUACAAAGGGGUGCUCCCAAAGUCCCACAUUGAAAUCGCCGUGAAGCGAAUUUCGCCCGAAUCGAAACAAGGUAUGCAGGAGUUUGUGUCGGAAGUAUCAACCACAGGAAGACUCCGACAUAGGAACCUCGUACAGUUACUAGGUUGGUGUCGGAAACAAAACGACCUUUUACUUGUAUACGAUUUCAUGCGAAAUGGAAGCUUGGACAAAUACUUGUUCGAUCAACCAAGGAAAAUUCUGACAUGGGAGGAAAGGUUUAAGAUAAUAAAAGGAGUGGGUUCGGGGUUGGUGUAUUUGCAUGAGGAGUGGGAACAAACGGUGAUUCACAGAGACGUGAAGGCAGGGAACGUUUUGUUGGAUAGCGACAUGAAUGGGAGGUUGGGGGAUUUUGGGUUGGCGAAGCUUUAUGAGCAUGGUGCCAACCCUAGGACCACGCGUGUGGUGGGAACGCUGGGGUAUCUAGCACCGGAGCUCACACGAACGGGGAAACCCACCACGGCUUCUGAUGUUUACGCGUUCGGGGCGUUGUUGUUGGAGGUGGUGUGUGGGAGGAGGCCCAUCGAGGUGAAGGCGUUGCCGGAGGAGCUGAUACUAGUGGAGUGGGUGUGGGAGCAGUGGCGCGUGGGGGAGCCCCUGGCGGUGGUGGACCCCAGGUUGGGUGGGGCGUUUGAUGAUGUGGAAGUUUUGAUGGUCAUCAAAGUGGGGUUGUUGUGUUCCGCGGAGGCCCCGGAGGAGAGGCCCAGCAUGAGGCAGGUGGUGAGGUACUUGGAACGGGAGGUGGCUGCGCCGCCAGUGGUGUACGUGAAAAAGGAAGGUGGUGUUGGUGGUGGCGGCUGCUAUGGGGAGUUGCAUUCGUACUCGACGUGGUCAUCGGUGGGUGAUGACGUGGCGUCAUCUCUUUCACUUUCCGGUGGCCGGUAG